AUGACCAGCACAGCUGCAACCCAGGAACCCUCCACGGCGACCACUACCCCUCCUCACACCGACGAAGCAGUCUAUCGUCACCUCCACUCGUACGCUUUCGACGCCGAUCAGGAAUACCAAGCAGGCCUUGCUACCAUUCUCGGCCACCCGGAGACACCUGCCACCCGAGAGGAGCUGGAAGAAAAGGCGGAACUGGUUCUACAAACGCAGUGUUUCUACUUCGCGAGGAAGUUCAACCUUGACCCUAUAGACCCCGACGCAUAUUCGGCCUGGCUUCACGCUCACAACAAGCCUCAUCAUUUACCUGUAGCAGAACCACAUCCUGCCCGUUCGGCCGAGGAACCUACCUCAACAGCCCAAACAGCCUCCGCUCAGUCAGCCACAGAAUCCUCCUCCGACCCUGAUCCGCCUUAUCCAACCUCCUUCGCCGCCAUAGUGGAUCUGAUCACACGCAAUAUUCCUGUGCCAGGAAUUGAAGAGAUUCCCGAUACUGUCUUGGAGCCAGGGUCGAGUAAAGUCGACAAAACGCCCCGGAGAAAGAAGCCCUGGGAAAAGGAUGACGCAGGAAAUGGCGGUACACCUGAAAAUGCAGGCGCAGCAGACCAAACCCCUCAAUUGACUCAAGCCGUACCUGCGGCUGAGGGAGUGGAUGUAAACGGCCACAAAGAGACUGGUCAGGGUGUGGUGAAUAUUUUGAAGCCGAAUGCUAUCCCUGAUAGCGGCCUGUUAAGCAAAGACUAA